GUUGUGGAGAUGUAAAUAACAACUUCCGCUUGCUGCCAUUAAUGCCGGGAUUUUACGGGUUAUUGCUGAUGCGCCUCAGGAAAUUGUCAACCGUCUAAACAUUCGCAUAUCUUCUAUUGGCCCGUUAGGGCGCAUGUUCGGUACGGAACGGCGGUGAGGAGAGUGACGAGACCACGAUGGCGGCGGCCCAGUCUCAGCCUGGGCUUCUUACUAUUGAGCAGACGAAGGUUGUUCUGGCAGAAGUGAUCAAGGCCUUCGGCUCCCCAGAGAAUUCUGCCCGUCUGCAGGAGGCACGGGAAAAUGCCUGUAAUGACAUGGGGAAGAUGUUGCAGUUUGUUUUGCCAGUGGCCACCCAGAUACAGCAGGAUGUUAUCAAGUCGUAUGGCUUCAGCAACGAAGGGGAAGGUGUUUUGAAAUUUGCUCGGCUAGUGAAAAUGUAUGAGUCACAGGACCCGGAGAUUGCCGCAAUGUCUCUCAAACUGAAAUCUCUGUUUCUACCACCAAUGACUUCACCACCACUAAGUGGCACUGUUGCUGCAACCUAGAGACUGAAACUACAAUCUUGAACCUCUUGCCUGACCACUAACACAACCUUCAUCCUCAAAAUGUAUUUCAAUUCCAUAAUAUUACAAGGCACUUCACAAGCAUGAUGGUUGUGUAGUAAGACUCGAAAAUGGGGAUCUGCUUCUGCACCUUCUCCUUCUUAUGAGAUAUUGUGGGUUAUAAACUGAAGUAAUGGAGAAAAACAAGCAUUUGCCCUUGAGCUAUAACCCUGGAAGCCCUUUUGCAUUUCUUCACUGCCAACUGUACAGACUAGAAAAAAUGUGUUUGCUUACAAGUCCAUUACAGUGUGUCAACAAACUGCUGUGGAAAAUUAGUUUCAAAUCUGUUAUUGGGGUCUGCCUUUUUGUGGAUGGUUUCAGUAAGAGGUGGAACUUGCUUACUUUUGGAAAGCUUUCUUAAUGAUUAAUUUGUCCGAUAUUUGAUUGUCUUUCAAGGAUGAGCUUAUAGUAUAUCUGUUGGUCACCCAGAAGCCUUUGAUGGAGUAAUGCCUAGGCCUAAAUUCAUUUCAGGCUGGAAAGUCUGCUGUAUUCUGUUUUUAUGAUAUUUUGAUAUUCAUAUAUAUUUCCGUUUAGUUCCACACUGGGGUAAAUGGGUAAAUUGCCCUCUUGCAGGUGUGUUUUUGUCUUUCCUAUUAUGAAUUGGCUUUAAAUCCGUUGGUUAGCUUAUUCCUUCAACCUUUCAAUGGCAAUUGAUGUUUUACUGAAUGGUUUGAAAGAAGUGAGAAUGGUUACUGUACACAAAGGAGAUUUGGUGGAUGUACACUGGCAUAUUAAUAUAGAGAUUAUAUUUGCUUCCUCACUUCUC